AUGCAAUUCUGGAAAUACUCUACAAAGGUGCUCGCCACUCUUUUGGCUGUUGUCUCAGUCUCACAAGCAGGUGGCCCAGCUGAUGGUGAUGCAGUUGCCGACCCAAACAGUGCCGUUGUGAAAUUGACUUCGGAUAAUUUCGCUUCUUUCCUCGAGGAGAACCCCUUGGUGUUGACUGAGUUUUUCGCUCCAUGGUGUGGAUACUGUAAGAUGUUGGGACCUGAAUUCUCCAAGGCUGCCGACUCACUUAACGAAUCACACCCAAAGAUCAAAUUGGCCCAAGUUGACUGUACCCAGGAUGAGGAAUUGUGUAUGGAGUUUGGAAUUAGAGGAUACCCAACAUUGAAGAUCAUCAGAGAUGGUGACUCUAAGCAAGCUGAAGACUACCAAGGUCCAAGAGAAGCUAGUGGUAUUGCUGAACAUAUGAUCAAACAAUCCUUGCCUGCUGUUCAAAUCCCAGAAACAUGGGAAGAUUUGGAGAAAUUGAUUGAAGAGCAAACCAAGCCAUUUGUCUUGCAAGUUAACUCAGCCACAGAUGACAUUUUCCAAAAAGUGGCCAAUGUCAAGAGAAAAGAUUUCUCAUUUAUCAACGUUGGCAAGGACUUUAUUAAGCAAUUGGGUACAAAAUUGAACAAGGAUUUGAAGAAAGCAUCAUACUUGGUUGUCCAUCCAAAGCAACUUGCUGAUGCUAUUGGCUUUGACGGUAAAAAGGCUGAUGUCGAGAGCUUGACCAAAUGGAUCGAUGUUGAGACAUUACCAUACUUUGGUGAGAUGGACAGAGACACAUAUAUGUCAUACAUGACCUCACCAUUGCCACUUGCGUACUACUUUUACAAGACCGCAGAGCAAAGAGAAGCUGUUGCCGAUGAUUUGGCCAAAUUAGGAAAGCAAUACAGAGGUAAGAUCAACAUUGUUGGUUUAGACGCCAACUUGUAUGGAAGACACGCCGAGGCAAUCAAUAUGGACCCAGAAGUUGUUCCAUUAUUUGCCAUUCAACUCAUUGAAGACAAUAAGAAGUAUGGUAUUAACCAAAAAGAGUACCCUGAAGGUCCAUCUGUUAAAGUCAUUGAGAAGUUCGUCAAGGACUACUUUGAUGGCAAAUUGAAGCCAAUUGUCAAAUCUGAGGAGUUACCUACUGCAGAGGAAAUUGCUGCUAACCCAGUGGUGAAGUUGGUUGGACACAACUACAAUGAUAUCUUGAACAAUAGUGAAAAGGAUAUCUUUGUCAAGUAUUAUGCUCCAUGGUGUGGGCACUGUAAGAAGUUGGCACCUACUUGGGAAGAGUUGGCUGAAAUUUUUGGUUCUAAUAAGGGCGAGACAGGUGUUAUUAUUGCUGAUAUUGACCACACUGCAAAUGAUGUUGAUGUGCCAUUUGAGAUUCAAGGAUACCCAACCUUAUUGUUGUUCCCAGCUAAUGGUGAGAUUGACGAAAAGACCGGAUUGAGAAAGCCAGUUGUGUUUGAAGGCCAAAGAGAAUUGGAUUCGUUGAUUGAUUUCGUUAAAGAGAAUGGUGCAUUAAAGGUUGACGGUACUGAAUUACAAGCUAAAUUGAAAGAAGCUAGGGAAGCUGCUGAAGAAGCUGCUGGAGAUGCCAAGGAUGAAGUUGAAGAAGCUGCUGAGAAAGUUGAGCACGAUGAAUUGUAA